CCAGCAUUCAUCCACUUUUGCCUACAGCAUCGACCAGCCUCUUGCUAUCUUGUGCGGGUGAAUAUCUGUAUAGUCUCUGCUGUACAUAUCCAUCAACAAUCCCGUAUCGAUCAUGUCUGCCAAAGGAAAGGUACUACUAGCCUACUCUGGCGGUCUGGAUACCUCUACCAUCCUGGCUUGGCUCAUCGACGAAGGCUACGAUGUCGUCGCCUUCAUGGCCAACGUCGGACAGAUCGAGGACUUUGAAGCAGCUCGCACAAAGGCGAUCAAGUGUGGAGCCAAGGACUUCAUUCUCGAAGACAUGCGCCGCGAAUUUAUCGAAGAGCUGAUCUACCCUGCAGUGCAGGUCAAUGCGAUCUACGAGGAUGUAUACCUCCUCGGUACAUCCUUGGCUCGUCCAGUCAUUGCUCGAGGAAUGAUCGAGAGCGCUGCCAAGACGGGAUGCCAAUACGUGGCUCAUGGCUGUACGGGCAAGGGCAACGAUCAGGUCAGAUUCGAGCUGGCCUUUUACGGCCUCAAGCCCGACAUCAAGGUCAUUGCACCCUGGCGCGAUGCCUCUUUCUACAACCGCUUUGCUGGACGUUCGGCGCUCUUGGAGUAUGCCGCGUCCAAGGGCAUCCCGGUCGCCCAGACCAAGGCGAAGCCCUGGUCUACUGAUGAGAAUGCGAUGCACUGCUCCUACGAAGCAGGUGUUUUGGAGGACCCCGACCACACGCCUCCUGAGGACAUGUGGGGCUUGAUCAAGUCUCCCGAAAAGGCACCGGACACGCCUGAGCAAAUCACCAUCACAUUCACCAAGGGUCUGCCCACCAAGGUCAAGAUUCAAAGCAGCGGAAAGGAAGUGACGGACUCUGUCGAGGUCUUUGACACUUUGAACCUAUUGGCUAGGGAACACGGUAUCGGCAGAGUGGACAUUGUCGAGAACCGACUCCUGGGUCUCAAGUCCCGAGGUUGCUACGAGACUCCAGCUGGAACGAUCUUGCGCACCGCGCACAUCUCUCUGGAAGGUCUGGUGAUGGACAAGGAGCUCCGCAAGCUUCGCGACUCGUUCUUGUCUCGCAGCUUCAGCCAGCAGCUGUACGACGGGCUCUACUACUCUCCCGAGUGCGAAUUCGUCCGAUCUGCCAUUCCCGCAUCACAAAAGAACGUGAAUGGAGAUGUGAGGCUGAAGCUUUACAAGGGCAACACGAUCGUCGAGGGCAGAUCUUCUAGCGAGACGCUGUACAGCGCCGAUGCGGCUAGCAUGGACGUCGUCGAGGGCUUCGACGUCGAAGCUGCUGGUGGAUUCAUCGCUACUUCUUCCAUCCGACUCAAGGCGCACGGCCUCAAUCAGACUAGAAAGGGCCUCGGAGGCGUGGACAAGCAAUCCGCACAUGCCGGAGGAAAGUAGGCGGCAAAAAACAGUAAUUUGGGAGCGCGAAGCACCCUCGCUCAGGAAUCACUGCAACGCGAAUGGCGAGUCACGCGAGUUUGAAUAACAACUGCUGAAAUGUGAAUGCUGCAUAGCGCGGUGAGACGUGCAGAGUGGCAAUUUUGGCUUCGUCGAUAUUAUACAUAGGUAGUGGUAGGGUGACGUCUCGAUAUUUGCACCGGUUCAAGCGAGAGUAGCAGAUCCUGAGGAGCCAUGCGACAUUUCCUCCG